AUGCCACUGAGCUUCCCGGCGACUGGCGGCGUCGGUGGUGGCGGAGGAGGAUUAGAAUCUGCCAGCUGGUGGAGCGAGAUCAACGAGUCGGUCGAGUGGCAGGACGGGAUAUUCUUCACCCUCUGCGCCGUUUAUGCCCUCGUUUCCUCCGUUGCCCUCUUCCAACUUAUAAGGAUUGAACUAAGGGUGCCUGAGUACGGUUGGACAACUCAGAAGGUUUUUCACCUGAUGAACUUUAUUGUCAAUGGAGUGCGUGCCGUGGUGUUUGGAUUUCACAAGCAAGUAUUUCUUUUGCAUACCAAGGCAUUUACUUUGGUACUUUUGGAUCUUCCUGGACUGGUGUUCUUUUCCACAUAUACACUUCUUGUCCUUUUCUGGGCAGAGAUAUAUCAUCAGGCUAGAAGUUUGCCGACCGAUAAACUGAGAGUCUUUUAUGUUUCUAUCAACGGCAUUAUUUACUUCAUACAGGUCUUUAUCUGGGUUUACCUGGGGAUUAAUGAUAACAGCGUUAUAGAGUUCAUUGGGAAGAUUUUUAUUUCAGUGGUAUCGUUUAUAGCUGCAUUAGGGUUCUUGCUGUAUGGAGGAAGGUUGUUUUUCAUGCUCAGACGGUUUCCCAUUGAAUCUAAAGGAAGAAGAAAGAAACUUCACGAGGUUGGAUCCGUGACAGCUAUAUGCUUCACUUGUUUCCUCAUAAGGUGCUUUGUGGUGAUGCUUUCAGCUUUUGAUUCAGAUGCAUCCCUUGAUGUGCUGGACCAUCCAGUUUUGAAUUUAAUCUAUUACACGCUGGUUGAGAUUCUUCCUUCGGCUCUCGUCCUGUACAUUUUGCGCAAGCUGCCUCCUAAGAGAGUAUCAGCCCAGUACCACCCGAUCCGUUAG